AUGAAAAACGGAAAAAAAGAAGGAGAAGAUUCUCGUUUUGUUUGUUUCGAUCACAUCCGCUUUUGGGUUGGAAAUGCUAAGCAGGCUGCUCAUUGGUAUCGUAUAAAUUUUGGUUUUAAAACAUUUGCAUAUAGAGGACUUGAAACUGGGAGUAGAAGAACAGUAGCCCAUGCAAUAAAGCAGGGAAAAAUAAUUUUUGUUUUUGAAUCCCCUCUUUUGCCAAAUAAUGAAGAAAUUGGGAAACAUUUAAAUAAACAUGGAGAUGGUGUAAAAGAUGUUGCUUUUGAAGUAGAUAAUUUGGAUUGGAUAGUUGAACAAGCAAAAAUAAAUGGAGGGAAAAUUGUUGAAGAUGUAACUGAAGAUACGGAUGAAAAUGGAUCUGUUAGGGUGUAUGGAGAUACAGUCCACACAUUAAUUGAUCGAAGUAAAUAUCGUGGAGUGUUCCUUCCCGGAUUUAAACCAGCAAAUGAGGAAACAGAAAAUGAAUUUAAUUUUCCUCAACCAGAACUGAAGUUUAUAGAUCAUUGUGUGGGAAAUCAACCAGAUUUGACUAUGGAAAGUGUGGCACAAUGGUAUGAAAGAGUACUUGCUUUUCACCGUUUUUGGUCAGUAGAUGAUUCUGUUAUUCACACAGAAUAUUCGGCCCUCCGUUCAAUUGUAAUGGCAAAUAAAGAGGAAACAAUAAAAAUGCCUAUAAACGAACCAGCAAAAUCAAGAAAAGCAGUCUCUCAAAUACAAGAAUUUGUUGAUUAUUAUGGAGGGGCCGGUGUUCAACAUAUUGCUUUAAAUACUUCAAAUAUAAUUAAAGCAAUUGAAUCACUUAAAUUUAGAGGAUUACAAUUUCUUUCUAUUCCAGAUUCUUAUUAUUUAAAUUUGAGGGAAAGAUUAGAAGCUGCUAAAAUGAAAAUUGAAGAAGAUAUUAAUAUAUUACAAGUAGAUUUUUUGAAAGAAAUGGAAGAAAGAGGAGGGUUGUUUUAGGGGGAAUUAUUUAAAAAUAAGUGUUUUUGGAAAGGAGAGGGGGGAAUCUUGAUUAAAACUGAAAAGCUUGGAUUUGAGGGGCUGUCGUAUAAAUCUUUAAAAAUAUAACAAAGAAUUUUGGUAUAAGGAGAUUUUAGCUAUGACAAGGAGAAUUUAAAAGAACUUUUCAGUUUUGGAACAAAAUUUAGGAAAAAUAUCUAAUGAAUUUUGAUUAAAAUCAUUCCCGGCUAGUGGACAUCAUUUCACACAAGACUUAGUCAGCUACUGGAUGUAGGGGGGUUGUUUUAGCUUUGGGGAUUGUUUUACAUUCUUUGCCCUAUUUUCCUCUAUCUAAAAUGGAAAGUGAAGACUCGCAAAAAUCCCCAAAUAAUUUUAUUCAUUCUCUAUUUCCAAACAAUGUUUGAAUACUCAUUUCAAAAUUCAUACUCUACCUGUUUAUGUGUACGAGAAAAUUUAGAUAGGCAUGUAGGUAUGAGUGCGAGCA